AAGGCCGACAACGGGGCUUGCCAUCUUGCUGUAUUUUGCCCCUUCCAUAGCUCUCCUUUGCACGUGACGAGUGUGCCGAACAAAUUUCGUUACAAUCACGCAGCGAUAAUCGGUGUUCAAAAACCACGUCUUCUGAUUGAUCCGAGCACCGGCAACACGACUUGCUGGCAUAGCGGGAGGCGCGCCCGUGGUCUGCGGCCGUUUGCGCAUUUCGACCAGCCUCCCUUAAUCAGGACGCGUGGCGUUUGUUGGACGACUGCAAUAGAAGUGACGUGACGUUCCUUGAGGUGUCGGCUGACAGUGCUAUGUGCAGCUAGUGGGGAAUUCGCCUUCCGAUGAUCAUCUUUUGACGUGCGCCGCACGCUCUUCUAGCUGCCCGUCGACACGGUGUUAUGCGAUUGUCCCAUUCACGAAUGCUCCUCACGAACGGUGGCAACUUUGCGGCCUCGCGGCCGCAGCAGAUGCUGGAGUCCCGCCGACACUCGUCGUCGGUUGCGAACGUGGCGGCCGGUCACGGGAUGCACCACGUGGCGCCGCCGCCGCUACGCCGCUCCACGUCCUCGGUGACGUCGGUGGUGCUGAGGACGACGUCGCCGAAGCCGUCGUGCCCGCAGCAGGCCGGUGGCCGCAUGGUGCCGAGCAGCGCCGUCAGCGGCAACAUGGUCAGCGCGGUGGGAGCGCUGGUCGGAGCCGCCGCGGCGCGGGCGGGCGACCACCGGAAGCUGGACCGGAGCUACAGCGAGCCCGUGGACCGGAGGGCGUCGCUGGCCGGCCCGCCACCGACGUCCCCGACGACGCCCACCAGCCCACCGUCCGUGGCGGCGGCCGCGCAGAACUCGAGCCGCUACAAGACCGAGCUGUGCCGGCCGUUCGAGGAGAGCGGCACGUGCAAGUACGGCGACAAGUGCCAGUUCGCGCACGGUGGCCACGAGCUGCGCACGCUGGCCAGGCACCCCAAGUACAAGACCGAGCUGUGCCGCACCUUCCACACGACGGGCUUCUGCCCGUACGGCCCGCGCUGCCACUUCAUCCACAACUCGGACGAGUCGCGCAAGAGCCUGAUCAGCAACAUCAACAACAACGGCCAGGCCCAGCGACCCAAGGCGCUGUCGGUGGGCAGCUUCGGCAGCCUCGGCUCGGCGGGUGACCUGUCUCCGCCCUCGAGCCCGCUCUACGACGACCCCUUCUUCACGCCCGCGAGCAACACGGCCUUCUCCUUCUCGCAAGACUUCGCCGCCCUCGUGGCGGCAAACAAGGGCCACCCGGGCUACGGCUUCGGCGGCUCGCAGCCGGCGCUCGCCGCCGCGCUGUCGCCCUUCUCGGCGCUGACGCUGCCCGAGAGUGCCUUCCAGUUCCCGGCGCUGGCCGCGCAGCACCGCGUCGUCGAGGGGCCCCCGUCGCCCGUCGACUCGCUCGGCUCCGAGCUGGACUCGAUGAGCGUCAGCGCCUCCUCGCCGGCGCCGGCUUCGUGCGGCUCGCCGCUGACCAGGCUGCCCAUCUUCAACAGGCUCGCCAACGCCCGCGACUCCGACUGAGGCACCGAUGAGCUUGCGGUGCUCCUGGUAUGGAAGCACCGCCCUUACCGAACCCCAGGUCCCUGCCACACCAUUGACACGUGCUACGCGCUGCUGUAGUCAACGAGCUUGAACUGCAUAAUACGUCUGCCGACCCUAACAGAAGCUUGUACAGCACUGAUGUGAUCGGGGAUUCAAAGCUCCCACAUGCCACCAUUGUUCAUCGGUCACCUUUAUAAGUCUAAGUUAAUCCACACGAGCUAGCUUCCCUGAAGAUUUUUCACAGCCUGCUACUCUUUUAGCUGUCUCGAGUAUUUUCUGCAAGAAAGCAUUAUCAUGAUCACGUCGAGGAAGUACGUCUUCAUCUAUUUAUUAUUUGUGCUCAUUCACAUGUACCCUCAGGCGUCUUAGCAGUUCAGCUCAGUUUGUGUUCCCCAGCAGGUCUGAAGCGAAAGCAUUUAUUAGUCAUCGACUCAGUUUGCAAGGAUUCGCACACAGUUGUGUUUACUCAAAAGCAAGAUGAAACAAAUGUUCCAGUAGAACUUGCUGGUGGAACACUGGCUUUCUUCACGUUUGGGCAUUUUGGCUUGGCAGCGCGGACCUGGGGCUGCCAUUUCUGUGUUUACUUUGUUUUUUAAUGUGUGUGUGUAUGCUAAUAAUUUUAUUAUUACAAAUAUUUAAUGGCACACUGCUCAAGUCCUGAGGACCAAGCUUCCUGAAAUGCAAGAGUAGCGAGAAACUCAAGAGACCAACAGAAAAGGAGCAACAAAAUGUCAAUGGUGCUUCUUCUAUAGUCCAAUACACGUUUGCCAUAAUACCUAGCUAUACAUGUCUGUGCUCUCCACACUGUGAGCAAGAUUGUUGUUCAGUGAUGAGCCUUGUCAGCUAGUUUUGAUACCAUCCUGCUUGUGCAGGCAUAUUGCAUCAUGGUUUCUUGAGUUUCAGGUGCACUGUGUGGGCAGUGCCAGAAUAUUUUGUUACAUUAUACGAGUCUGCAUAUGCAGCCUGGUUUUAGUUUUCAUAACUUUUAUUAUGAAAAGAAAACGCGUAUGUUCUGGCUGAGCAUCACCACUGUGCCUUCUUGUGUUUGGGUAAAGAUAGGCUUACAAACUCUUUUAUUUGUGUGCUACAUUUUUCAGGUUUUACAAACUAUCAAGUGUGCUCAUGUUCUCUUUGCCUCUCUAUUCUUUCCUGUAUCUGUCGUAUUUAUUUGAUUUAAUUAUAAUAUUAUUAUAUUAAUUAUUAUAUUAUUAUUAUUAUUAUUCAUUGUACACUAUGUCAUCGGUACUGUCAAAUCGUGGUGAGCGAAAUAUGUUUGCAGUCAGCAAGGAUGUCUGGUUCUUGUUUGCUUUUUUUUUUCUUUGCACUGAAAUCUGCAGCUUUUAAAACGUUCUAUUGUCUCCCUUGGCUUCACUCAAACAAGUAAGCUUACAUUGUAUGUAAGGUUAUGGAUAUUUCCACCAGACCUUGUACAUAGGCACUAAUGAAAAAAAAGGAAAGAAAGGACCAGUUGUGGGGUACCAGGCAAAGGGAUAUUUAGCUCUGUGAGCUUUCCUUUAUUUAUUAUAUUUUUUCCUUUGGUAUAAAAGCCAUGAGUACCUUUUCAAUAAUUGUGCAUUGCUCUGUAGAGCAGCAGUAGUGGGGUCGCUGCCUUGAUCUGCUCAUGGUAUCUGUGCUCUUGGUGAUUGUCACCAACCACAGAGAUAUUAGUUUUUCUCGAGUGAAGUUUAGUUGGUGCCUGCAUGUUUGCUCUUCAUUUAAGCUGCUGUUGUCCCCUUGUUUAUAAUUCUUGCUGUACUUUUGUAUUUAAUGAGAAGUUAAUUUAUUUAUUGACAUGAGGCCUUUGCUGCCCGCUUUAUUUUCAUAUUCAACCUAGGUUAGUGGCCUUGUUGCCCAGUCGUCCGAAGAGGUGAAUCCGUUUUUUCUUAUCACUCUGUUGAGCCUAUGCUGACACAUCACUUGGCAACUUCUGUUUCCAAAGCAUAUUCUGAGGGGAAAGAAAACCCUUUAAUUUAUGUUAGAGACUGCAAAGGCAGUGCAUUUCUUUUUUGAAAUUGUUUUUAGAGGCAUGGCAUGCAGCCUUGUAUCAUUUUUUAGCACUUAGAACAGCAUAUUGGUUUUCUUAUUACGUGCAUGUUUGCAAAUAAGGAUUCUCCCUUUAAACGGUUUGGCCAUGAAGCUUCACUGCAAUGUGUUCUUUGGCUUCACUUAUGACUGAUUUGUAGUUGAGCUUUAUUGGCGCCAAUGAUGUGAUGUUAACAAUCAAUUGCAGUGAGUGUUUCAACUGAUCAUUUGUGUGCGGGGGAAUAGCAAGCAAAAUGCAGUCUUCCACUGUCAUCCAUCUCUCUCCAAAUCAUCUCAACUCGUUAUUUAAGACUCGCAUCGUAGACUGUCAGAAAGGAUACAUUGUUCAAAGUAGUGACACACAAACCGAUGAAGUACACACACUACAAGAUCUCAGCUCUGGUAAGAAAUGCUGGCGGUCGCCAUGCUCUUAGCGCUUAUAAGCCACGGUGGUGGAAAAAAAAAAUACACGUGACUGCCGUGGUUUCUCUACUGCCUUAAGCGUUUUUGUUGAAAACAAGUUGGAGCAGUUAUGUCUUAGGCUGUUGUUAGCGCCUCAGGUCAGAUAUUGUACUCUGGACUGACUAUUUAAGGACUUCUAAAGACUCGCGCGACGGGUGAGAAGAAUAAAGUAACUUAUUUAUAUGCUGUCUUGUUGAAAACUGUUCAAAUCGUUUGCCUGGUGCUGCCGAGCUGCAUGCAAUCCAGGGCGUCCCAGUCAUGUCGCUUCAAAAGUGAUAAGCAGCGCCACGGCUUCAUUUCAAUGUGAUUCUAUUCCGCGGUGCCUUCGGUGGUGCGUCGGCUCUCGAACGGUUCCUGCAACGGCCGAGCCCGUGCUCCGAUCUUAAACGGCGUCGCUUUUUUGUCGCGACGCUUCACUAAGAACGGCUUCUAUGACGUUACUCCAGCAAAACAAAGUAAUUCAGGGACAUGUCUUCGGGUCUUGAAUUUUUCAAAGUUACGUUAAUCGCGGCGUUGUAACAGGGGCUACGUUUGGAGCCUGUGGUGACAGCGCCGUUGCAGGAGCCACGUGCGUGGACGCUCGCGCUGGUCUUGCAGUGCCAUUCCAAACGACUUGCAGCGGGGGAUCUCAGGUUUCGUUAAGGAGAACACUCUGUCCAGAAACGAGACGCACUCGUUGUGAUAGAUGCACCCCAGCCUUUUGUCACGUCGCAGGCAGACCAUGGUGGCGGGCGACGUAGGACGCGAGCCUUUGGUGUGCAGUGCGCGCAUUGUCCGCUGAAAAGAAGUGCAGUCAGUGAGUUGUUUUCGCACCUGGAGUCGUCUUUGAAAAGUGUGAUGUGUUUGUUUGUUGGCCGCCCUCGCACUGUCUGUCAUGUAUCUCCAAGACCGCAUCGUGUUUUUUUUUUUUUUUUUUCUUUCCCAAAGUGCCUUCCACGCGUCUUUUUUCUGACUUCCAACGGACCAGACUGGAGGUGCACAGCAGAGCAGGCCGCGUACGCCAUUUUGUGUCUCUUCUCUCAACCUAUAUGCCGCGCCGCCGAGUAUUAGCACUCGAUGUACGAGGACCAAUUGCGCGCCACGAGCUGCGCGCACUGUCUUGUCUCGUGUAGACUCUGCCAGCAUUCCUGUCGAUGUGUGCCUUCGCCCACUGCGACGCGGCGGUCGCCUGCUCGCUCUGUACUGUUCCAUACGGCACACGCGAGAAUUGCCGGUUUCCAAGUGGCCUUAACAUAAGCAUUUGCAGUUCCAAGUACGAAUAAUAUAGUGCAUAUAUAUAUACAUAGAUAUAUAUUUUUUGUACAAUAGCGAUACGAGAACGGAAAUUCUAUAUUGUUCGCCUCCGCGCCCUUCUCUUUUUUCUUCUGUUAUAUGUGCACGUUUGCUGUUUGUCUUCGAACAGUACGAAUAAUAUUGACAAAAAAAAAUGCGACCAACUUCAACAACAAAAAAAAGAAAUCAAGACUUUGUAUUCUGAAGAGAUUUGUCUUUUAUGUGUGUGUGUGCUUGUGUCAAGAGACCUUAAUGGAUUUUGAGAGAAACAAAUACAAGAUGUUUAAGUUAUUAAA